UCCUAACACUAAAAUAGCGCAGGUUAUCAUGGCUCGUGGGUGCUUUGAUGAUACUAAGCUUUUCAUCAAUGUUUCACAGGGAGCUGUGCUGGUUAAAAGUUUGGCUGCCAAGGAACCAUCUGCUCUUGCCUUGGAUACUUAUUACAAGCAGUAUUAUCUCUGUUUGGCUGCCGCUGCUGCUACUAUCAAAUGGAUGAUAGUGUUAAAUGGAGAGCAUUGCAAUUUAUUUCAAGUUCACUUGGUAUUCACUUAUUAGGUUGUAUGUUUUCUUGGUCAUGGAAGAGAAGAAGAUGCCCAUGAAUUUUUGAGGU